AUGGAUGAUUCUAUACUUCAGGGUCUUCAAAACCGUCUUUAUGAGAAAAGAAAAUCCGCUGCUUAUGAAGUUGAAAAAUUUACUCGUGAAUGUUUUAAUAAUAAUGAUACAACAAGAAUAAAACAGAUAAUUGAUAUUCUUUGCCAAGAUUUUAUUUAUGGAUCUUCGAGAGUUGCCAAUACUACAUUUGGUGGUCUUAUUGGCCUUGCUGCUGUAGUAAUAGCUAUUGGUCAAGAUGUUGCUGAAUAUUUGGAAGAUAUUGUUCCUCCUGUUUUGUCGUGUUUUUUAGACCAAGAACAUAGAGUUAGGUAUUAUGCUUGUGAAAGUAUGUAUAAUAUUGCAAAAGUUGCAAAAGGUGAAAUCUUAUUAUAUUUUAAUGAGAUUUUUGAUGCUUUAUCUAAAUUAUCAUCUGAUACUGAGCCUUCUGUAAAAAAUGGUGCUGAGCUUCUUGAUCGACUCAUAAAAGACAUAGUUUCCGAAAAAGCUGCAAAUUAUAUUUCUGUUUAUCGGUCAUCUAGUCCAGUUGGUUCUCCUAAGGCUUUAAGUAUUGAUCCAUCUGUUCCUGUUAUUGUUGAGGAAACUAAGAGAUCUUCUGUGUUUUCAUUAGAAAAAUUUAUACCAAUGCUUUCAGAACGUAUAUAUGUUAUAAACCCUUUUACGAGGAUGUUUUUAGUUUCAUGGAUUACAGUUCUUGAUUCUGUUCCUGAUUUGGAACUUAUUACAUAUUUACCUAGAUUUCUUGAUGGGUUAAUUAAGUUUUUAAGUGAUUCUCAUCAAGAUGUUCGGAAUGCUACUGAUAGAGUUUUAACUGAUUUUUUAUCAGAAAUAAAAAGAAUUUCUAAUAUAAAAAAAGAACUUGUAUUUAAAAAAGCUAAAUCUACUAUAUCUUCUCAAAGCUUAAUAAAUUGUAAUGAUAACGAUAUUAAGUGUAAAUAUGAGGACAUCCGAAAAGAUAAUUUAAUGUUUAUUGAGGAUGGGAAAUGGAUUUCUGGUCAAGAUGUGUUUAUUCAUUAUUCUAAAAUUAUUGAAAUAUUACUUCCUCAUAUUAGUUCAUCUGAGGAGUCAAUACAACUGAUGGCUUUGAAAUGGAUUGCUGAAUUUUUUAAUAUUUGUCCUAUUGAUCUUUUAAAAUUUACUCCACGUCUUAUAUCACUUGUGUUACCAGCUUUGUCUUUAGGAGGGGAGUCUUCACGCCAAGCAGCUUUAGAAAUUAAUCAAAAUCUUUGUAAUUUAGUAUCAGAAGUAUUAGAAACUAAUAAGAUUACUUCAAAUUUAACUCAACUUCAUUCAUCUGAAUUAUCUUCUAAAGCUAUAAAUUUUUCUUUUCAACAAAUUACGAAAACAGAUAGCCAAGAAAAUGAUGUCUUUUUUUCUUUUAAGGAUAUUUUGGAUUAUUCAAGUACUGUAAAUGCUCUUAUACUGCAAUUUUCAGAUGAACAUGAACAAACUCGGAUUGCUGCAUUAAAUUGGCUUAUUAUGUUGCAUAAUUUAGCACCUCAAAAGGUUCUUACAUUAAAUGAUGGGACAUUUCCUGCUCUUUUGAAAAUCUUGUCUGAUCCUAAUGACGAAGUUAUUAUAAAGGAUUUAGAGCUUCUUGCACAAAUUUCUUCUGCUAACAAAGAUGAUUAUUUUGACGUAUUUAUGGUCAAUUUAUUAUCUCUUUUUAGUACAGAUCGCCGAUUGCUUGAAACUCGUGGAAGUUUAAUUGUCCGUCAAUUAUGUAUUUAUCUUAAAUCAGAAAAGAUAUAUUGUACUUUAGCAGAGAAUUUAGAAAAAGAUGAGGAUUUGGAGUUUGCAAGUAUUAUGGUGCAGAAUUUAAAUAAUAAUCUUAUGACUUCUCCAGAAUUAUCUGAUUUUCGAAAAAGACUUAAAAAUUUAGAAUUUAAGGAUGGUCAAUCUUUGUUUGUAAGCUUAUACCGUUGUUGGUGUCAUAAUGCUGUUGCUACGUUUUCUCUUUGUCUUUUAGCUCAAGCAUAUGAGCAAGCAUCUAAUUUGCUUCAAAUAUUUGCAGAAUUAGAAAUGACUGUUAGUAUGCUUGUACAAAUCGAUACUUUAGUUCAGCUUUUGGAAUCACCUGUUUUCACAUAUCUUCGGCUGCAGCUUUUGGAACCGGAUAGAUAUCCUUAUCUUUAUAAAUGUUUAUACGGCUUACUUAUGUUAUUACCUCAGUCCUCUGCAUUUUUUACCUUAAAGAAACGUUUGAAUAGUGUAUCUUCGAUAGGAUUUUUUCAAUUUUUUUCUAAACAGAAUAAUUUUGAAAAACAUAAACCAAAGAAUAAAACAGAUGAAAUGAAGUGGCCAGAAUUGUUAGAAAAGUUUCGCAGUGUUCAAAAUAAACAUAAAAGGGCUAGACAACAAAAUCAAAAACUUAUUUCUAAAUCAUCUUUUGUUAAUUUCUUAAAAAUGACACCUAUAUCUCAUUCUUCAUGA